GAGGAAGAAGAGGAGGGAGCUUGGGAGGGAGACAGAGAAACGGAGACGGAGGGAGAGGCAAAGAGAGAGAACGAGAUACCGGCUUCAAUGGAGAGUCGAGAAUGAUCCACCAUGGAGAGCUCCCCAAACCUCUCAUCCCUCCACUCAUUCGCGUCGCCCUCCCUCGCCUCCCAGAGACACGGCGGCUUCCAACACCUGCAACAGCACCUCCAACAACAACACCACCACCACCAACAACACCACCACCACCACCACCAACAACAACACCACCACCAUCAGCACCAACCACAACCCAUCACCACCGCCAAUAAUAACCGCACCAUCGAAACGGACGACUCGAUGGAUGCGGAGGGAUACGCGGGAGAUUUGCCCCGCGGCGCCUUCAAGGGACCUCAUCGCCGCUACUUCUCCAAGGAGUCGUCCGCCGACACGGGCUACUGCACCAACACGGAGCGCAGCUUCGCCGACGCGGAAGACUCCAUCGACUUCGGCGCAAUGUUCGGCUUGCUGGAUGAGCUUGACCCUCGCGUGGAAGGUGGUGGCAGUGGUGGUGGGCGCCGUCACGGUGGUGGUGGUGGUGUUGUUGGUGAUGUAUUGGCGACGGCUCCACGCCACGCGGUCGAGCACCAUCAGGCCUAUCAGCAGCGUGCGUGCAACGAUCACAUGCAACAUCAACAACAUCUACAGCAACAGCAGCACUAUUUCCAAAAUAACCCCUUCCAGCUGGUUCAGAAGCACCACAUCAUGAAUCUUCAUAAUGUCCUACAGCAUCAGCAGCAAGACGAGCAUCAUCAUCAUCAGCAGCAGCAAGUGCAGCAGCAGCAACUGCAGCAGCAGCAACUGCAGCAGCAGCAACUGCAGCAGCAGCAACAGCAACCACACGUAUUCGCCGACCCCAUCCUGGGCAACGGCGUCGCCGCGCGCGUCGCAAAGCCCGGGUUCGCCACCCAGUUCAGCAGGGGGGGUCCUCCGCUGAGGCUCGGCUCCAUCCCCGAGGGGAACUCCCCGCCCGACGUGUCCCCGCCGCUGCCCGCGGCGCGAUCCUGUCGCUCGGUGCCCACCUCGCCCGUGUCCGGAGGUCGCGAUCGUGAGAAGGAGCGAAGGACGCGGGAAGGAGACGCGGGGGAGGACGAGGAGGAGGCAGCGGUGGCGGCGGCGGCUGCCGCAGCGCGGCGGUUUGCCAGGCGCGAAGUUCAAAACGGCGAGAGGCACGCACGCGGGAAGAGGCAUCACGGGAGGCAUCAUCAUCAGCAGCAGCAUCAUCAUCAUCAGCAUCAUCAUCAGCAGGAGCAGCAUCAUCAUUCUCAGCAGCAGCGGCGUCACAGUCGCGAUCUACUCCAUCAUCAGCAGCAGCGUCAUCAUCAUAAUCAGCAGCAGCCGUCUCAUCAUCUUCAUGAGCCGAAGCAAUUUUAUCAUCAUCAUAAUCAGCAACAGCAGCAAGAGUUACAGCAGCAGCUACAGCAGCAACUUUCUUUCGAGAAUCAUAAUCACCACGAUCCACAUCAGCAGCAGCAAAACGAAGACCAGCAGCUUCAGCCUCAGCUCCACGAGCAACACGAUCGCUACGACCACCACCAGCAGCAGCACCACCACCUCCAUCAACUUGAACAAUACAGUCACGAGCUACCCGACGACUAUGAGCAGCAACACAAUCAACAACACCUGCAACAGCAACAACAAGAGCACCACCACCACCACCUCCUCCUCCACAACCACCACAACCACCAUCAACAACAUCAACAACAGCAGCGACAGCCGAACAUCCAGCAGAAACGCGAGCGUCUGCAGCGAGGCCAUCACCGCUCCCUCGGCACGAGGGAUGACGACGACGACGACGACGAUGACAACGACGAUCAUCAUCACCAUCGUGAUCAUCAUCGUCAUCACCACCAUCACGAGGAGGGCGAGGACGAGGACAACGCCGACGUCUUGACCGCGAGUCUCGAGCCCGAGGAGCUGGAGGCGAGCGUCUCGGAGUUGGCGCAGCGCGUCGUCGAAAUGGAGCGCCGCCUUGAGGCGCUGGCCGGAGUGCGCGGCGAGGUAUCCCAGGUGCUCGUCAAACUCGACCAGCUCGACGCGCGCAUCGUCCCGCCGCCUCCUCCGCCAGCCUCCUCACUCUCCUCGUCGACCGAUCAGCUGCAGCCGUCGCACCAGCAGCACCAGCAGCACCAGCAGCUCGGUGGGGGAAUGAUCUCCUCCGUCUCAGCCGGAGCAACUCCGAGGCUGGUCCGCCACAGGCACGCGGCGGCCAACGGCGUCGAUGUGGGGAGCGCCGCAGCCGCCUCUGCUGCGGCUGCGGCGGUGGGGAAGGCGACCGCAAGCUCCGCCAAAGGCUGCGCAGGCACCGUCGGGGAUGGAGGAGGAGCGGGAGGAGGAGGAGCGGCGGCGGCGGCGAAGGAGCACUCCUACAGAUCCACGUCGGCGUCCGUGUCGGCCUCGGCGGAAGCGUCGCAGGACGAGGGCUUCCUCCACGGCUCGAGGUCUCGCGGGGCAGCGACUCCGCGCUCGGUCCCGCUGGACCGGCGGAGCCGCUCGUUCAGCGCCGCCGACCCCGGCGGGGUGGCGGCCGCGGCGGCGGCUCGCGGCUCGUGGGUGUCGCUCUGCGCCGUCCCCGGGGAGCCGCCGGCGGGGGGGGCGGGGGGGCCGGGGGGGGCGGGAGCGGUCCACAGCCUGGGCAGGGCGGAGGGCAGCGCGAGGGAGCGCAGGUCCCGCGGCGGCAGGGAGAGAGCGUCGAGUCAGAUGUGGAGCGACCCGCAUCGCCUGGGCCUCUACGCUGCUCUCCUCCCGCGUAGCGACACCGUUCUCAGCGCGCCGGGCGGCUCGGCGGCGACGGCAGUGCCGGGGGCCCCCCGCGGCGACGCCACCGCCACCGGAGUCCCCUCCCGUCGCUCGGCGGGGGGGGCCUCCGGGCGAGCGCGGGGCGGGGGCCUCACGGGGGGCGGGGGCCUCACGGGGGGCCGGGGACGCGAGCGCGGGUGCCGUGGCAGCGGGGUGGCCCUGGCGGGGCCCGAGUCGGUGUGGAGCGUUCACGACCACGCCUCGUGGACGCCGAAGGCCAGGAGGUGUCCACGGGAGUCGGUGAUGCCGCGGGACUUCUCCCUCGACUUCUCCACUGGCGAUGACGACGAUGAGGCCCGCGCGUGGCUGGGCCGGCGGGGCCGAGGCGGUGGUGGCCGUGGCGGUAGUGACGGCGGCGUUGGCGGUGGCUCCGAGACAGCGGUGGCGGCGGGCGUGCCGCGUUGCUGGCCCUCCGAGAGGCGCCCCGACCGCUCGCUGGCGCCCUCCUACGACUCGCUGCUGCGCCGCAAGGGCCGCGCGCACGUCCGGGCGCGGCGCUGCAAGCUCGUGGCGCUCGUGGUCGCCGCCUUCUGCACCCUCGUGCUCGUCAUCGUCGUCCCCAUUUGCACAUCGCGUGGGUGAGAGGCUGGAGGGGGUAGGGGGGGGCAGGCGCGGCAAUGGAGGAGAUUGCACGCCCGGCCUGAGCCGAUCCAACCCGGCCCUCCCAGCCAAUGGAGGUGGUGAUGGAGGUGGUGAUGGUGAUGGAGGUGGUGAUGGAGGUGGUGAUGGUAAUGGAGGUGAUGAUAGAGGUGGUGAUGAAGGUGGCGAUGG